AUGGCCCCAAAAAAGUUGCCGCGCUUCUCAGUGAAAACCCCAGUAGAACUGGCGAAACCCUAGGAAAAAUGGCUUGCAGUCAUUACAUAUUCAACAAAGGUUUUAAAUUUGGAAGGUCCUCAUUGUGAAAGCCCUAGAACUAUGGCCUGCAAUAGUCAUAUAUUCCAUCAAGAACCAGCCAUUGAAGACCCCAUCCUGAAACUUGUGGACAUGGCCCGAUCCAUGAUAUCAGAAGCAUUCAAGGAAUCGGAUGAGGAUCUUGGACCUUCGUGGAGCUGGGUCUUCUCUCUAAUUCUCAAGACUUGCAGAGCAUACACCACUGGCGUCACAUCUGCUAUUCUACUAUCAGAUGUGUUUCAGGCUUGGUGCGAACAGCACAAGGCAGAAAGUUCAAGAAGGAGAUUGAAAUGCAAGAUUGAUAACAAAAAGCAAAGGAAGAGAUCGAGAAACUCAAAUACUGUCACUAUUGAUUCAAUAUACGAGAAAAAGUUUUUGUCUAUCGAGGGUGUUUUGGAAGUGGCUAUUUUGGAUGCAUUUAGUCUCCCAGGUACCAACAUACACAUGCUUUCUUUGGGUGACGUGUGGAGCUCGAGCACCAUUGACCUUUACCUACAUCGCAAAUACUAUGACUUGGUUGAUCCAGAAUAUGGUGUCCUUAAGAAAGGCCGAGAACUAUUUGUCACAGGAUGUUAUCUCAGGAGCACAGCUGAAGGAUCUGGCCAUCCAAGACUUCUACCCACCGAAUACCUUGUGAUUUUGUUAGAUGAGGACCAAGAUGAAGAUAUGAUGCUUCUUGGAGCUCAGUUCUGUUCAGAUUCUUUCAGUUCUAUCUCAUUUGAAGCAUUUAAAAACUGCGCAGAUUAUUCAUUAUAUGCAAGAAUCGAAUCAAUUGGACCAUUAGAGAUUUUGGGUGCAUAUGGUUGUUUAAGGCGGAAACAGAUCACUCUUGUUGACAGUGAUGGUAACAAGUUAGAAUUUCUCUUAUGGGGUGAUCAGGUUCUCCUUGCAAACCUCUUCAGUGUAGGGAGUACACUUGCAUUGCAUAGGCCAUUUAUUGCAAAUGCUCUAGAUAGUCGCAUUGACACAAGCGCAGAAAUUUGUCUUGAAUAUGGUAGUGCUACUCAACUCUAUUUAAUGCCAUUUAUCCAGCCCAAGGAACAGGUACUUGUCGCUUCUUCACAAAGUAGACUUUCUGAUUCAAGGCUCAUGAAUGGAACAAGUCAAAGCCAAACUUUUAAAGUCUCUCAAGUGACAUUACCCUGUGAUUCUCAUGGUUCUCUUGACUUCAGUAAUUAUCCUUUCCGAUUAUGUGUGGCUGAUCUUAAAGAAAGGAUGACAAAUAUCAGCCUGUAUGGUUAUGUUACAAACAUCCGCCAGGAGCUCAACGGUGAAGACAUCAUAUUUUCCAUGAACAUUAAUGAUCAUACAGGCACUAUUGCUGCAAAAUUACAUCUUAUUGGUUCUCAGUCGUUUGGCCAGUUGUCCAAUGGCCACAUGGUAUUUAUCUCUGGACUGUCAUGUUCUCGGACUGCCCAAGAAUUGCUUGAAGUGUCAUGGUUUGAGAAGGAUUGUAGGGCUUCUUUGGUUAAUCUGAGUUGCUUGCCAGCAUUAUUGAAUUCCCCUUGUCUCCAUAAAUUAUCCAUUCUUUCUGAUCUUGCAGACCGGCCUGAUAUGAUGCAUGUAUGCAAGGUUCAAUUCAAUCAAAUAGAUCUCCAUGCGAAGGCAAAGUUUUCACAUUCUUUAUGUGGACAUUUUGUGAAUGAAGAAUUGGACGGAAGUCCAAUAUGCAGCUUUUGCCUUUGUAGUUGUAGCAGCAAGUCACUUGUCUUCCAUCUUAAGGUGACCCUUAAGGAUAAAAGUGCCAAGGUUUUUGCACAAUGUUCCAGUCAAACUGCAACAGACCUGCUACAAAUUUCUCCAUCGGAAUUUUAUGAAUUGCCAGAUGACGAACAAGCUAUGUGUCUAUUUGGGCUUCAAACAGAAACAUUCAUCGUGAUACUUGUAAAUAGUUGGGGACGUAGUAGCGAUACUGUGCAUGACAGGAACCAGGAAGGUCAUGUCACAUGGGAGAUAGCAAGUGCUCUGAAAUGCGAGUCAGAUAUUACAUGAUAUUAAUUCGAGUGCAGAUGCUCAUUUGGAUCUCUCUCUCCCCCUCUGCAUGUGCGUGUGCGCACAAGGGGUUUGUGCAUGUUGGUGUGCUUGCGCACAUGCUGCUUUAUUGAAGCACUGCACCGGCAAAAUAAGAGAUGUAAAUGUGUAAAUGACUUGGUAAAUGAUAUGAGUUAGAUAGGAAUAAUUCAAUUGCCGGUAAAUAUUUUGAUCACUCAGCAACAUUGGCACAUUUGAAUUCACGUUAUAAUGUUCUGAUCCAUACUUGGCAUAGUAAUUAUUUCAUGGGUGUGGUUUGUAUAAGGCUGACACCCUAAAUAGUGU